CUGAGGAACUUUUAUCUUCAGUGAGGUGUGUGAGCACUCUGCUGUUUGUGACUGUUAAACCCUGAUGUGACUGCUGAGCCUCGUUCAACUUAAAAUGUCUGAAAACUUCGAGGAGCUAAGUGAGACCAGAGAGGCCGAGUGGACUGGUUAUACUGGGACAGAGAGGCCGAGUGGACUGGUUACGUUGUGCUUUGAGUACAGGAGCACAGACGCUGAGCCUGGAGCAGACUGGACACUGACAGGAUGCCUUCACACAGGCCGGUGUUACCCUCCUCCUGACCUCCCCUGAGGCAGCCAGAUCUCCUCUGGUGUGAAAGGUCAGCAAGUGGUCAAGAGAGGUCACCAGAGAAAGGCCGCUGCAGUGCAGAGAGUCUGCUGGGUGCCAUGCCAAACAUCCACGGUGGAGGUCAAAGGUUACACAGAUACAUAAACCAGACAAAAGGGUGCCAACAGGUACAAGAUGUGUGAAUGUCCACUGCUGUAACAGGAGAGCGGACUGCUGCGGAGAGCUAAACUUAUAACUGGAGCCUAAUGUGUGGUGAGAGAGGCACUUUAGAGCUACUUAAGCCGUGUACAUGUCACUUCAUACCCUAUAGACGCCUCUCUUUAUAGUAUUUGGGGGAGUGCAGAAAGGCUGAAGCACAGGUGAGAGUUCAUAGGAGCAAAGUUGGUCCCCUCCCGAUGGAGCUGCGAGCCUGACUGUGUAACCCCCAAGAAAUGGUACUCAGAGGCUUUGAUCCUAGAGGACUGGGUUUGCGGGAUAUGGCCCAAUAGCAGCAGCCCGUGAUGCCGGACCAUGACAGCGACUCCCUCCUGAACAGACAGACCAAGCGAAGACGUGUGGACAUUGGUGUUAAGAGGACCGUGGGCAGCACAGCCUCCUCCACAGCAGCAGCCACAACAACAACCACUGAUAACAUUGCCCGCGCCAAAGCAGCCAUUUUCAGUGCCAUGAACUCUCUGAGCUCCCACUCUCACCACGGAUCAGACACCGACUCCAUGGAGUGCUCUGUAGUGCAGCCACAUGGUGGGCCUGGCGUUGUGUCAGCCAGCGACAGCGAGUCCAAGUCCAAUGUACUCCGAAAGCUACUGAAGAGGGCCAACUCAUACGAGGACACCAUGAUGCCCUUCCCUGGCACCACAAUUAUCUCCCAGCUUCUCAAGAAUAACAUGGCGAAAAAUGGAGGGGGACCCGAGAGGGGAGAAAGAGGGGACAGGGGUGAUAGAGGGGAUGUCGGCUUCCCCGGAUCAGGGCUUUCCAAUGCAAGUUCAGAUGCUCCCCAGGAAGAUGCCUGCAGUAACUCCUCCCAUGAUAGCACCCCUCAAGAAUGCUUGUCACCCUUUGGUCGCCCUCCCGGCCUGGCCUCGUUUGACAUUGAACGUCUCAAUGAUGAACACCUGCGUGCCAAGCGAGCCCGCGUAGAGAACAUUAUACGUGGUAUGAGCCACUCGCCCAGUGUGGUGGUACCUGCUGCCUCCCGUCAUGAGCGCGACCAUGAGAUGGAUGGAGACCGGGAGAUGGAUCUAGACUGCCCACCCCCUCAGUCUCAGCAGCAGGCCCCCAGCAGCCCACGGGGAGGCGAGGUGUGCAGCAGUAGCAGCCGAGAGAACAAGCGUAAGCAGCGUCUGCCUCAACAGCAGCAACAGAGCUUCACCCAGCUGGUGUGCCAGAGGAAGGAACAGAAGCAGGAGGAGCGACGGCAACUGAAGCUGCAGCUGGAGGACAUGCAGAAACAGCUACGCCAGCUGCAGGAGAAGUUCUUUCAGAUCUAUGACUCGACCGAUGACUCAGAACACAACGACCUCCACAAUGACCUCCACAACGACAUAGGGAACAUGUCUGAAGACAGCCCGGGCAGGUCUGACACCGGCGGUGAUGACCGGGGUGGAGAUGACUUGCGCUCUGACAAUGAAAUGUCUGACUUGGACCCGGGCCAUUUCCUCGACAGGGCGCGGGCGUUGCUUCAGGAGCAGGCCAUGCUGGCAGACGGAGAGAAGCCAAGAAGAGAGGGGCUCAGCCGGAGCAAAGGACAAGGAGGUCCAGGCUCCUCCAUGCAUGCUGAAGGUAAACAACUGGCAGAAACACUCAAGCAGGAACUCAAUUCAGCCAUGACCCAGGUGGUGGACACAGUGGUUAAGGUGUUUGCCAAGCCUCCACGCCCCACGCCCCAGCAGGCCUUCCCCUCGCUCUCCAUACCUCCUGAGAGAUUUCCCACCACCGUCAAUGGAGACAACUCCAACUUCCAUACUGCCAACCAGAGGCUGCAGUGCUUCGGCGAUGUCAUCAUUCCCAAUCCACUAGACUCCUUCGCCAGCAUGCCCGGGAUGCCCGGUCCCACCAACGACCAAACCGAAGCGAUACCCUUAGUCGUGAGGAAGACACCCAGCGAGCACCACCACCACCAGUCCUCAGCUGUGGGAGCCCAUGGCGGGCACCACCACCCCGUCCUCCACCCCUCAUCGCUCUCAGCCUCCAUGGGCUUCAGUCCCCCAUCCUUUAGACACCCCUUUCCACUGCCUCUCAUGGGCUACCCUUUCCAGAGCCCCCUCGGUGGGCCCACAGGUGGCUACCCAGGCAAGGACCGUUCCUCUCCAGACUCUAUGGACCUGUCCCGGGAGACCACCAGCCUGAGGACCAAGAUGGCAUCAGGUCACCACUUGGCGCACCACCAUCGCUCUUGUUCACCAGCGCACACUGGCAGCACAGCCGAGGGACUCUCCCUGUCCCUCAUCAAGUCUGAGUGCAGUGAUCUCCAAGACAUGGCCGACAUCUCUCCCUACUCAGGCAGCAAUAUCCAAGAAGGUCUCUCCCCCAAUCAUCUGAAGAAGGCCAAGCUUAUGUUUUUCUACACCCGCUACCCGAGUUCUAAUAUGCUGAAGAUGUUCUUCUCUGAUGUCAAGUUUAACCGCUGCAUCACCUCCCAGCUGAUCAAGUGGUUCAGCAACUUCAGGGAGUUCUACUACAUCCAGAUGGAGAAGUUCGCCCGCCAGUCCAUCAACGACGGAGUCACCGGAGUCGAGGAGUUGGGCGUCAGCCGCGACAGUGAGCUCUUCCGAGCCCUCAACAUGCACUACAACAAGGCCAAUGACUUCGAGGUCCCUGAACGCUUCCUGGAGGUGGCUGAGAUCACACUGAGAGAGUUCUUCAACGCUAUCGUGGCCGGCAAAGACGUGGACCCGUCCUGGAAGAAGGCCAUCUACAAGGUCAUCUGCAAACUGGACAGCGAAGUCCCCGAGAUCUUCAAGUCCCCCAACUGUCUCCAAGAGCUUCUACACGAGUAAAUUCCUCCUCCUCCUCCUCCUCCUCUUCCUCUUCGCUCAACGCUUUGCGCUUUCUUUUUUUUAUUUCCUCUGAUUUCAUAGAAUUUUAAAAAAUAUUCUUUUUUUUUCUUGUUUUUCCCUUUCCCCCAACUUUUCUUUGGAUUUCCUGUUUUUUUUUUUUUUGUUUUUUUUUUUGAAUGUAUGAAAGUUAUGAAGUAGCAUUCCCAAUCUGAAGCCUCUGUGGCAGUUCCUAAAUGACCUAGCUAUUGUGUUGUUGUUCUUAAAUGAUAAUUAUCAUGACGGUUAUUAUUUGUUUUGUUUUUGUAUGAUUCUGAACUGAAGAGACUCUAAUCUUAUUGGGUGUUUUUUUUUUUCGUUUUUUUUUUUCUUUUUCUUUUUUCUUUUUUUUUUGGACCGUGUGAACCCUCAUCCGUUUGGCCUGUUUUAUGAUCAACACUAACAAAGUCCUCGGUGUGUGUAGACGGAGUUCCCAAGUUCCCAUUUACACUACUAAGAACAUAGGCUGGGUUCCCUGAAGACUUUAUUCACGGCACCCGGGGGUGUCCCUCCAAUCCAGCGGGUGUCCAAAUGAACUGUCCCCGCGAGACUGUGCUACUGAAGAUGUCCCCAACAGGACACACACACUCAUGCACACAGAAACAAGGCCUAGUAAGGUUACUGACUGGACUCAGACUGGACUCAUGGUACUGGUCUGUGCUAACCUGUGGGACUUGGACUGGUUUCAAAUAGCUACUGAGCUCUACCAUGUUUUGAAGUGUGUUUUCCCCGCAAGUAGGGCAUUGUGUUUAAUGGGUGUACAUUAUUAUUUUUGAUUAUUAUUAUUAUUGUUGUUGUUGUUUAUGAUUAUUAUUAUUUGUCAUCACUGCUUGCUGAAGAUUGGCACUUCGAGAUUUGUUUGUCCCUUGAUGCCGUUGCAGAAAAAAAUAAAUUAUUGCUAUUAAUAUUAUUCAAAGAGUUUAGAUUCUGGAAUAAUUUGCCCACCGUUUCCCCAUCCUUCUCCUUACUCCUGUUUUCGUUUGUCCAUCUCCCAAGUGGACUUUGCUUUUGUUUGUUUUAUUUUAUUUCAGUGGUCUGAGGCAACUCGCCUGGAAAGGGUUUAGAUUUGGGGUUUUAACGGAAGUCAUCAAACUUAUGGCUGUAGUGACUAGCCCAUCCUGCACAGGACCAUUCUGGCAGAAACACAUGAAGUAAACGGUGAAGAAGUCUAGAAAUAUGCAGAAGAAGUGUGGCCUUUUCGGUGUGUAGAUGGCUUAAUUUCCGUAGCCAAUCCAGCUUUGAUAACUAAACUACUCCCACUAAACAAGCCUUUUGUCCAGCUAUCAAAAAAAAUUAUAAUCGCCUAAUUUCCUGUCUCUGAUUAGUGGACAUACACAGAAAUAACUGCAUAGGGGUUUUUUUUGUCUUUUUAUAGCACUGUUCACUGAAUAGCUCCUGUGUGAGAUGAAGUCAGCCUGUUGAUACAGCAGGCUUUUAUUGUGAUUAGCCUACACAAGGUGUAAAUGACAUUAUGACGUUAUUUCAAUAGCAGUUGAUACUUGAAUAUAUCAGAAUACUGUGGCAAUCUAAAGCACGGCGUCGCUGAAACAAUAGAUAAUUGAGUACAUAUGAAUAGAAGCAUCGCAGGGAGGAAGAUAACACAAGGAGGGCAAAGGGAGAGGUUGAUAUAAGCUGAAACACGGCGUUUGUUAAUUCUGCUUCAAGAGGAACUUCCCCCACAGACACACAACACACACACACACACACACACACACACACACACACACACACACACACACACACACACACUGCUCCUUCCCUCCAUGCUCACCUGCCUUUGAGUGAUCUAGCUCCUCUCUCAAUGCAACAAUACGAGGUCGGAGGUGAGCACUCACCCCGGGGGUAGAUGGAGAAGCUCUCAGCACUACAAAGAGCGGGGACAAAGGCACAGAGCGAGGAGCAACACGCACCUGAAACCCUCCGCUCUGUCCCUCCGUCCCAAACUGGCAGCUUUCAAGACCCAAAGUGUGAUUCUGUUAAAGCCACUGUGCCCAGUUUGUUAAACGUCAUUCCUUUUUACCUGAGAUUUUAAUCCCAGAUUUUCCACUUGAGUUGUACAUUUUAUCCGCCCUCUCAGGCUUUUAAGGAUUUUAAGACCUAGUUAGUGUUAGCUGCCCUUUUGAUGAAGUUUGAAGCAACAAGAAAGCGUUCUAGAGUGCGUGCGAGGUCGCCGUUGAUCUCACCUUGGCGACAUUGUCUCAUGGUGUGUCUGUGUGUGUCACAAAAGAUCAAAAGGAGCAGGUUGCUUAACCUGCUGACUUGUCUAAGCGAGACAAAGCGCCUGACAAAAGGAGGCAGAGAAAGACGGAGAGCUACUCCCUUCAUUAUGUCCCCCACCUCUCCUCCUCCUCCUCCUCCCAGAACUGUGUUCUUCUUAAGAUCCGGGAGUCCUGAGAGAGCGAGCCGGACACAUUUCUCACUGAAGGAUGGGCUCGGCCCCGCACGUCUCAGAGUCUCAAAGCACCAGCCAAGGGCUCUAAAGCGCCACAAACAAAGGAGAAAGGAAAGGACACUUUUAUCUGAUGCACAGAUUAUUAUCGCUCCCCACCCUUCUCCACCCCUCCUUCCUGCAACCCCGCCCUAAAGUUAAAGAGUUCCUCCGCCUAAAAAGAUUAAUUCAGGAUAAUGAAGACUUAUGUGCAAAAAAAAAAAAAAGAAAAAAGGAUUAGUAAGACCUUAAUACCGCGUGGAAAAUAUUUUUGUCAAGUUUUCCUUUUGCUGGGGUCGUUUGGUUUUAAGGAUAACAUUAUUGAAAUACAUAUAUAGCCUUUUUUAAGAAUUGUAAAAGAUAAAUCUAUGGGAAGAAAAUAUAUAAAGUAGUGGAAGUUCCUCGGGAGGUUACAAAUUGUUUCAUAAAAGAAAUCUUGAGGGUAUUUUUAGUGACGGCUUUGUUUAAAUCUGUAUUCUGAAUAAGUGAGUUGUUGGUAGAUUAGGAGCAAUAGUCGUAGGUUUUUUGCAGGUUUUGUGACCAGUUUUUUCCUUUUGGUUUCUUUUUGUAUCGUGCUGAAUGGCUGUCUUCACGAGAUCAGAAAAAUAAAACUCGGAGUCCGUUUUCAGAGUAUGAAAUAUUGUCGUUGCUACUGUAAAUACUAUCAGGAUGAGACAAAGAAUAGCUGUACAGUUUUUCUAUUAUCACUCAGAGUGCUAGAAGAGGGCGGUUUAAAAGAAAAAAAAGAAGGGUGAAGUAAAAGAGAGAUGACCCUCUUCGCUUUUUUCAACUGGACUCAUAACCACUCUUCCAAAAAAACCCACAGAGGAGAGGUUUUUGUUGUUUUUCUUUUCCCUGCCAUGCCUUUAACGGGGGUCUGUUUCCCGUCGGCAGUGCCCUUGAAGUUGCACCAGCAUCCGUUUCUUUAAUUUUUCGCUGACAGAACGAUGCGUUAAGGCAAGCGGUCAGGUAAUGAUGAUGUCACGGAUUGGGCCGUUGGCAGGACCCGGUCUCGUCCCAAAAAACAAGGGCAGACUGCCGCCGACGUAGCUCUAGAUUUGACCUGGGAGAGAGACAGGAACUCAUUGUCAUCAGAAGCCUAGUGUCAUGGAGGGGGCACAACGUUGUACAGUUUAAAAAGAGACUGCAGACGGAGGAGGAAAAAAAAGAAGUGAUUUAUACCCUUUUUUACCGGGUUCAAACAGUUGGGAAAAGUUUGGACUUUUGUGGAAUUUCUGUACGCUUUGCAUUUUGUGUGUGUGUGUGUGUGUGUGUGUGUGUGUAUGUGUACAUGUAUAUGAGUGUGUGUCUGUGUGAGAGAAAAGACCGAUUAUGAGAACCUGUGAACCACUGAGUGACACAAUUCUCAACACUGUGGCCCCUCCCCCACCCCUGGGAGUACCAUCCUGACAUGUAAAUGAUUCUCAUUAAGCGUUGGCAACGUGUGUGUGUGUGUGUGUGUGUGUGUGUGUGUGUGUUGCGAUAAUUUCCUCUGAUCUGUUUUCUGACCUGUUUGAAAGGGGUUUUUGUUUCUCGAUGCUUUUCAGUAGUUAAUUCUUUUUUUAUUAUUACAUUGCUCCUCUUUUCCUUUUUUUUUGUAAAUAUCAACGAUGUGGACUUACAGUGAUAAAUACUGCCUUUGUGUAACUUAGCAAUAUGUUAUGUAAAUAGUGUUUUGUUGAUGCUUUUUGUAUGACAUUAUUAUUCGAUUCUAGUGCAGUAAUUCCAAACUGGAACGGCCAUGUUUCAAAUACAGUCUGAAUAGUUACAUACAGGUUGUAAAAUAAAACUCAUGACAUGGCUGCUUUUAUUUUUUUUUCUGUUAUCGGUGUCUAUUUGUCUUGCAGAUUUUGUGUAAUUUAUUGGUUUAAUUUAUCCUAAUUUAUUUGAUGUUGUUUUCUUUUGUUUUUCAAACAGGGAAGGCUGUACUGCAUUUCAUUAAGUAGAACCAAUUUUAAAAAAGAUUUUAAUCCUUAUCUACUUAAAAAAAAAUUUAAAACAAUUAGUAUUCUAGCAAGCUCAUUCAAUUGAGAUAAAUGGAGAUCUUGGCAGCUAAAUGGAACUGGACAGUUUUAAAAGAAGAAGAAGGAGAAAAAAAAAGAGGUUGUUAUGUUUUGUUCCGGGACGGGGCCGAGGGUGGGCUGAAGAAAGCUGAAACUAGUUUGAAGCAGUUUUUGUAUUUUCUCUUGAGAUUUUUUCCCCUGUGUUGCUUUGGCCCAGCCCAAAAACAACCAGUAGUCAAAUUGCCUUUCGUGCCUUCACCCUCUAUGAACUGAAUGUAUGUGCAGUAUAUAUGCAAGCUUGUGCAAAAUGAAUAAAAAAUGGAAAUAAAAAUGAAAAA